GCGACUUGUAGUGCCAAGCAACUGCUGAGCCUGCGACACAACACACAUUUACUGAUGAGCAGAUGACUGAGUAGGGUCAUUCAUGAACAAACGCGCCAAGUCUGUAGAUUCCUCGUCCGUGUUGGACAUGGAGAGCGAUGACCAUGCAGCACGCAUGACCCAUCAGGAACUCUUCGUCAUUUAUAACUUCUUUGAACACAUUCCUCCACCGCCGUUGUUCCGCUCCUUCAAGGAAGGGUUCCUUCACGUGGCUCAUGUGAUACAGCAACAUCCGCAGUUUGUGGAGGGGAUGCUGCUACGUGAUGUCAAUGAAAGACCCAGAUUUCCAUAUAUAAACUAUGCUGUCUUCAAUACAACAAAACAAGGCUCAUUCCAACAUGAUCCAAGUUGGAUCAAGGUUAUUCAUGAAGGUCAUGGAAAUGAACAAAUCCACCAUCAAGCUGGUUUCAUUGAGACGAGAACUCUUGGUGCACCAGACGUCACUUCACUACCAAAGCAACCCUCCAACCAAAUGACAGCUUACUUAGUUACCGCGUUCAAAGCAGAGGGCGACCCCGACAGACUUGAUAAGAUGUGGGCAACUUGGAGUGGUGCUGAUUUCGUUCAGGCGCAUCUUGCCGCUGAAUUACAACUCAAACGGAUCACGUUACAUAAACGAAUUGUACAACAUGGGACAUUUAUGUAUGUGUUGAUGUGCGAACUCGGUGCUGGAGUGACAUACCUCAAUCGUGCAAGAGACUUCGUUGAGAGACUAAAUGAAAGAAAGUGUGGAUUUUCUGCACUUUAUGUAAUCGAUGAAAGAUACUAGGACCGAAAGAGAGAUUUGGGUUGUAGCUGGAAUACGGUUUUGUCGUGUUAAGAAAGGACUUAAGUGAUCUCAUUCCGCUGCCUGGUUGUGACAUUGUCCUUGUGAAACCGUGAAACACUGCCAUUAUAAAGCGUGAUUACCGGUAUCUGUUAUAAAGGGAUCAGGUUGGGCUUGCCUCGGUCUGUUCAUACAUCACACCAAAUUUGUUGACUAUUGGUUGGGAAAAGAAUGGAAAUGAAAUAUGUGCUCCAUGUGACUAGAUUGUUUGGAAAUGGCAUGAUCAUUGGGUUUGACAAUGGGAGAAGAGGAUUAUUGAGGCAAAUAAGGGAUAGUUUGUGGGAACCCCAGCAACCCUUCAUUGGCAUGGUGGGGAUUCAAAUUUAAACACUGGUUACUGGCCAUAAUAGAUUCGUCGGAAUCAUUUGUUUAGAAGAUUAUCAGAGGGGCCAAACGGCACUCCUUUCAGUUUCUUUUGCCCCUCAAUUUCUUCAGACACAGAGCUCACAAGGAAUCCGGAAUGUCUGUUGUGGCCCAUGCCAGGUAUAUAAUAGCAUGGUGCUUAAUUGUUCCUGUGAUCCAUGUGAAUUAGAGCCUAAUCUUUUUAUGUUCAUCCUGACAUAAUCAGUGUCUCUUGAUAUUUUGGAAGUAGGAGUAUCAAAAACUUGUAUCUCAGGAUGUUGUAUGUUAGGCUAAAAUGCAAUUAAAGAGGACAAGGUGAAUGUGUUGGCUGUAAUCAUAGUUCAAUAUGUAUGUUCUGUAUAGAGGGGAUUGUGGUACCCAUUGGUCAUCCUGAUAUAACCAGUGAUUUUCAACAUCGCCUCUUGAUAUUUCGGUAGGAAUAUCAAAAACCCGUAUCUCAGGAUGCCCAUUGGUAGAUUCACCGUGGGUCACAUAUCUCGAAAUUUGUGGAGACUAGAUCAUCCGUUAACCCCUGUAUGAGAACUAAUAUGCUUGUUCCAAAAAAAUGUAUUGGCUGAGUAACGCUGUCAAACAUGGUGAAAGGCAGGCUUCCCAGUUGUGUUGUGAUGCACGCCUAUUUUGUAGUACAUGUGUAGAAUUUCUGUCAGUGUGCGGACUCACUCCCUAAUAGCUCUCACAAGUAGAACUAGAAUGUCCCCUCGAGAAGGUAAAUAAACAGUAUUACUUUUUUU